AUAUUUUUAAAGUGGAGGAAACAAGAACAGAACAAAGCAAAAUUGAUAGCCGCGUGCACACGUGUUGCGAAACAUAUUUAAGCGCUGAAAGCGAAGCAAAGAAGACACUUCCAGUUGGAAUUCUAGUUUGAAAGCAACUUGGGCAAUGAAUAUUCUGCUGUCGCUCUUGUUUGUCGGCUGCAUCUGCAGCUGCCUUGGGGAUGAUGAACGCAUCACGGAGCUGCUGACGAAGAACACCGAGGAGCUGAGCGAAACCAAUGCUCUGUUGACCAGCAUCGACACAGUCGGUAAAAGAAUCGAAGCGAAUUUGAAAGAGCAGCGCGAAGCUCUCCAAGUCAUUGGUCUGGUCGAGCAGCUACUAGCCAAGCAGAAAUUUCCUGAGGCCCAAGCCGAAGCAUUAUUGGAAACCUUCGCCAAUAACUCCCGGCAGGGGCAUGAUUAUGCCAAGAGAACGGCAAAGGAGCUCCACGAUCUGGCUCUGCUCCAGGAGGGAACCAAGCACUUGAUCCUCCACCUGGAGGCCAAGCUUGACGCCUAUCAGAAGCACUUAAUCCAAAGUGCCCGCGGGAUCGACCGCAGCAUCGACGGCCUCACGAAGCUGGUUACGCGAACUGUCUUGCCCCAACUCAAUGGACUGCAGUGCUCAUUCGACAGUCUAGAAACUUCGCAAAUUAACAUUGAAGUGGAGCUGAAGAGCUUGUCCGGUGUAAAGGAGUUGAGCGAGGACUCCAACCACAAAUUGGGCAUUCUGGAUCACCAACUCAAGCAUCUCAAUCGCACCCAGGAGACUCGUCUCGAGGGUCUCUCGAGUGCAGUGAGAGAUCUCAGGCCGUUGAACACGAGGCAAAUCGAAGGUGCUCUUCGCGAGCUGAUUAUUUCCCAGAAACGCAUCGAGCUGGAUUUGGAGGAAUGCGGCAAGCACUCCCACAACCCACAUCAUAUUCCUCGACCUGAAUCCCACUCCCAAAGCUAUGGACCCACACCACCUCAGCACUCGCAUCACGGUUCUCAGCGUGAAUCGCAUUCUCACAGCUAUGGAGCCCCAGUCCCACACCACCCGCAUCACGCUCCUCCACCUGAAUCCCAUUCCCAAAGCUAUGCACCCGCACCCCUUCAGCACUCGCAUCACGCUCCUCAGCCUGAAUCCCACUCCCAAAGCUAUGUAGCCCCAGCCCCACACCACCCGCAUCAUGGCUCACAGCAGGAAUCCCACCUCCACAGCUAUGGAAUCGCAGCUCCACAGCCGCACCACCCCAACCAACAGUCGUACAAACAGACGAGGUCCAAGCCCGUGGAUCUUGUUCAGGUGUGGAGCAUUAAGGAGCCACAGAACCCUGGCGAACAUUCCGAGAACCAUCGCGUGAGCGCCUAUGCCGAGUCGCCGGAGCCCAGGGCAGAGCAUGCCUCGUCGUCAAACCCAAGACAUAAUGAGAAGUCGGAGUCUCACCAGAACACUGGAGCCGCGUCUUCCCACUCGGUGUCCUGGCAACACCCUCUGCCCUGGGAGGAGGUCUCUCCCUACCAUUCCGCUCCUAAUCCUAGUCAGCCCUGGAAACCAGCGUCUCCCCACCAACCUCUUCCCAGGCCCCAGCCCAAGCAGAAACCAUGCGAGAAGGGACAUUCGGCUGGAUAUGCAUCGUCACCAGCUUCCCCACAAUCCUAUAAGCCUCAGAAGGGCUCUAAAUCUGGCUCUGGCUCUGUCCAUGAACAUAUAGCCCAGCCGGACGACUCGAUCAGGAUCUGGUAUGGGGAUGAUUCCAUAAAAGAUGCUUACUAAAGAAAAUUGGAACUUGACAAACGGAUUUCUUCGAAUAGGAAAUUAGAACAAUGGAUACUGGUUAAUUACUAGUACACAUUCGAAAUAUACCAUUCAUCUUUAAAUAAAAAAACAAUAAUGCAA